CCACGAAACGACUCCACACGUCGUGCGUGUAAAACUCCACAGUGUGCGCGUUUGCGAUGCUCAGAGUGGCAGCGAGAAAACGCGUGAGUUCAUCGAUGCGUUGCCGAAGCUCCGCGAGGCCCACCGAGGAGGGAAUCAUGGUGCCUCUUCGGAAAGUCAAAUCUCCGAACCUUUAUGCUACCUUUCCUUAACCUUUGUUGGAAUACGUCACCGGGCCAACGAGAGAUUAAACGAUUCCUUUCGAUUGUGAAAAACGAUGAAAUUGAAGCGCUCUGUGGCAAUUCAUGUUAGCCGACUACUUCCGAAAUACUCUAGGCAUUAGUAGUUAAUAAAAGAUCAUCGGCGUUCCUCUCGUGGGAAAACGUUGUGCUUAGAGUGUUAACGUGUACGCUUUAGCCAUAGAUAAAUUACAAUAUCACUUUCUGUUGUCAAUGUAUUGUAGUUAUGUUUAUUGUUUCAAAUUCUAGAGUGGAUAAAAAUGAAAGAUCGAGUGGUCUGAACGUUAUUAGUUAUGUCUUACCGUAUUACGUAAUCACCCCGCGACUGUUGGUAAAAUACACGCAGUCGGAACACAUGUAAACAUCUCACCAUCCCAGACACGGAAUUAAGUCCAAAUGGCCCCGACAGAUCACAAAAUGAAGAAAAGUAACGUUCCACAGAAACAGGGAAACUGGAGGAAGCGACCAGAACAAAAUGCCGGUGUCAAAAAGAAGAAAUGGGUUCCGGAAAACACGUUUUUCCAAGGAAGUGUUAAAGAAGGUCAAGGUUUUGCUUUUAAACGUAAGGAGAAAGUCAAGCAUGAGUACAACAAGCUUGUGCGAAAGGAAAAGAAGAAACAAAACAUGCAGACGUCCUCGUCAUCGCUGUACCGCGAGACGUACCCGGAGCACCUCAAACAUUUGUACGUGGCCGAGGCGGAGAAGCUCAAGAAUGAGUCGUGGGCAAACAGAGUGAACCGAGCUAAACUGAGAAUGAAAGGACAAGACCGGGAGGAAGACAGGGCGAUGGAGGAGAACGCGAGCUCCGAUCCAGAAGGUAGUGGCGCGCCUGAGGCAGAAGAUAUUGAGGAGUCAGCAUCAGUAGCAGAAAGUCUUCCACUAAGUAACCGCAUGAAGAAAAAACUGGAGAAGUCGUCGUCCUUCCAGCGGUCACAGGAGGAGUACGAGAGAGUCCAAGCAAAGCGGAGGAAAAAGAAAGAGGAGUUCCUGAAGCGCAAGCAGCAGCGAGCGGAGGCCAUCCGAAAGUACAAAGAGAAGAAGACGGAGACGUUUCAGAUGCUGUGCAAAAAGACAAAGAAGGGGCAGCCCAACCUCAAUCUUCAAAUGGACUACUUGCUUCGGAAGAUCCAGAAAAACUCGGAAACAACUCCCAAAAACUGAACAUACUCAGAUUUUGCUCCAGAAAGUGAAUAUGUUUGUGCAUUUCUACCACAAGAUGGCAUUGUACGAUAAGUGGACAAUAGGUUCAUGUAUUAUUUAAUGCUUUUUUUUUAGUUAAUAAAUGUGAAAAU